AUGGCGGAGCAGGAGGACAAGGCUGACGGGUCACACCUGGAAGGUGAGCAAGCUUCUGCAGAAGAGGACAAGGAACAGCCGCAUGCUGAAGGCCGUGAGGCGUCACCACCAAUGGAAAAUGGUGGCCAAGAAACUGAUGAAGAUAGAGAUGCCGCCAAGGGCCCUGAAGAGGACAUUGAAGGCGAAGGCAGACUCAAAGACGCAGCGGGGGACGAUGAGAAAGUCGGUGCUAAAAGAGAAGCCAUCCCUGAAGGGGUCGGCCUCGAAUCCAGCGUCGAGAACAUAGCAGAAGUGGACGUGGACGCCAUUGGGGAAGCCAUCCUAAAAAUGAACCUGGAAUCCAUCGGAGGUGCCAUCCCAGAGAUAGAAGCGCAACCCGCUGGAAAGGCCACACCAGAGCUAGGCCUCGAAUCCAGUGUCGAGAACAUAGCAGAAAUGGACGUGGACGCCAUUGGGGAAGCCAUCCUAAAAAUGAACCUGGAAUCCAUCGGAGGUGCCAUCCCAGAGAUAGAAGUGGAAUCCACGGAAGGCACCGCCCCAACAGGGGACUUGGACACCUCUGGGAAGGAUGCAUCUGAGGGGUACACCUUCUCUGAGAUGGAUGAAUUCUCUGGAAGGAUCAGCUCUGCCGAUUUCACCUUCUCGGACAUCAGUCCCUGGGAAAUAACUGAAGAGGAAGCCAACGCUGCCUAUCUGUAUGAAAGAACCAGACCCGAAGACACAUCCCAGCAAAGCUCCGGCGUAUAUGAGACCGUGGAACCAAGAGAGGAGAGACGGUGUGAUCCAACCUCCCACAGACUCCACCCCUCUGAACUCUUGAACUCUGCCAUCCCCGCCCACUUCAGCCUCUCUCCUGGCCCAGUCCCACCUGGUGUGAAUUGCUCUGGAAGCAGAGAGGGCAGGGGAGAGGACGACACACCUUCUCUGCGUCCCAUCCGCCCAGGCUGCGCUCCCUGCUGUUCACGGAUGCCCGUGUCUGUGCCGUCGGAUCCAGAACGCAGCCUUGUGGGGUGGGAGCCCUUGUUGUCUUUGGCUGUGCAGAUGAAGAAACUGGAAGGGGCGGGGGAAGCCAAACAUCUGUAUCAAGGGAAGGUGUCUAUUGGAAGAGAGAAGAGAAAGCAAUACCCCCCUGUGAGGCCCCUGCUGGAAGCGCAGAGAGCAGAGCCACGCUCCUAUGAGGAGGUGUUCAGGGGCGGAGCCACGCUCCCGCAAGGGGUGUGUUCUAAGCACGCUUUCCAACCUCUGGCAUCUGGGCAGCAGAGGAGAGCAUCUGUCCAGCCUAGCCCCGCAGCGGCCCCUGUUCGAAGAGGCUUUCCUAUGGGGGCACGCCAUCGCUUUAGGCUAAGCAUCAUGGGAAGCCUGACUUCCUCGGAUGUCGAUUUCCCGCUGGACACAGAGGAAGUUCCUAGGCAAGAGUCAGCACAUCCUCGCCCCCGGGAAGAAACCCGAAUACAGUUUCUAGACCACGUCCAGCCCCUCAGCCCUGAGGAAGAGGCCCUGGUGGAAAGAGCAGCAUCUGAAGAGAGCGAGGAGGCAGAUGACGAGAGUGCCCAACUGGUGGUUCUGGACCCAGACCAUCCCCUGAUGAUCAGAUUCCAGGAGGCUCUGAAGAGCUACCUCAGCCGGCAGAUAGACAAACUGAAGCUGGACAUCCAAGAGCUGGAUGUGGCCACCAAGCAAGCCCGAGUCCAGAGGCAGGAGCUGGGCGUGAACCUCUACGGGGUCCAGCAGCACUUGGCCCGCCUGCAGAUGCAGCUGGAGAAAAGUCAUGACCGCCACUCUCUGGCCGCAUGUGAGAGGCAGCGGAGGGAGGAGGAGCUGCAGACCACCAGGGCUCUCUAUAACAAGACCUGCAUGACCGCCAACGAGGAACGAAGGAAGCUGGCAGCCCUACAGACCGAGAUGGAGAGCCUGGCUCUGCACCUCUUCUACAUGCAGAACAUAGACCAGGACGUGCGCGAUGACAUCCGUGUGAUGAAGCAGGUGGUGAAGAAGACCGAGACAGAGAAGAUGCGUGCCGAGAUCGAGAAGAAAAAGCAGGAUCUAUUCGUGGACCAGCUCACCGAGAGGGCACACCAGCUGGAAGAAAACAUCUCCCUGUUUGAGGCUCAGUACUUGUCCCAGGCUGAGGACACCCGGAUUCUCAGAAAAGCAGUGAGUGAGGCCACCACAGAGAUCGACACCAUUGUGGUGGAGAAGAAGCGUAUCCUCCAGCAGUGGACCACCAGCCUAGUGGGCAUGAAGCACCGUAACGAGGCGUACAGGACCGUGCUGGAUGCGCUCAGGGAAUGUGAACAUCAGGUUAAGUCCAUCGACGGUGAGAUCGAAGCCUAUAAGAAGUCAAUCAUGAAGGAGGAAGAGAAGAAUGAGAAUCUGGCCCGCCUCCUGAACCGCUCAGAGACAGAAGCCAUGCUAGUGCAGAAAAUGACCACCCAGUGCUUGAGCAAGCAAGAGGCCCUGCAGAGCGAGUUCAGCACCUACCAGCUGGCCCUGCAGGACACAGAGGAAAUGCUGAACAAGAGCUCUCUGGAACACUCGGCAAUCUUGAGCGAACUCCAGGCCGCCCACCAGGCUGUCCAUCAGGAGCAGGAGCUACGGCAAAAGAUGGAUGUCUCCAUCUUGGACAAGCUGCAGGAGCACGGGACCUCCAGCAAGAUGACCAAGUACUUCCAGCAGCUCCUUCGGAAGCUGCAGAAGGAGAAUACCAACCUGGUGACACAUCUCUCAAAACUUGACGGAGACAUUGCUCAGGCCACCCUGGACAUCACCAACACCAGCUGCAAGGUAGACAUGCAUAAGAAGACGCUGGCGGAGCUGGACAAGGAGGUGAAGCGGCUCAACGACCUCAUCACCAACAGCGAGAACGAGAUCGUGCGGCGCACCAUCCUCAUCGAGAGGAAGCAGAGCCUUAUCAACUUCUUCAACAAGCAGCUGGAGCAGAUUGUGUCCGUUCUGGGGGGGGAAGAAGCUGGACCCCUGGAACUGGAGAUCAAAAGGCUGUCGAAGCUGACCGAAGAGCACAACGCAGGAGUGUCAGAGGCACAGAUGACCUGGCUGCGCCUGCAGCAGGAACUGGUCCAAGUCACACAUGAGCGCGAGGAGCAACUGGUGUCCCUGGACCAGCUCAAGAAAGAGAUGCACAUUAUGGAGCAAAAGAAGCUUCGCAUAGAGAACAAGAUUGAGCAAGAGAAGAAGGAACAGAAGGAGAUCCACCGGCACAUGAAGGACCAGAACAACGACCUGACCAAACUCAACAUGCUGAUGGACAAGAACCGGUGUGACUCGGAGCAGCUGCAGCAGAGCAACCUGGUGGCCGAGACAGAGUUUGUGCGCACACUGAAGGAUGCAGAGAGAGAGACCAUCCAGAUGGAGGAAAAGCUGACGCAGCUCCGCGAAGAAAAGACCACCCUCCUCAACAGCCUGGUGGAGGCCGAACACCAGAUCAUGCUCUGGGAGAAAAAAAUCCAGCUGGCAAAGGAGAUGCGCGCCUCAGUGGAUUCUGAGACCGGGCAGACAGAGAUCCGGGCCAUGAAGGCCGAGAUCCACAGGAUGAAGGUCAAGCACGGGCAGCUGCUGAAGCAGCAGGAGAAGAUGAUCCAGGACAUGGAGCGGGCUGUGAGCCGCAGGGAGACCAUUGUAGUCCAGGCUGAAGGGCAGAGUAAAAUAGACAAGAAGACCAUCACCAGAACAGACUUCCAUUACCAGCAGAAUGAGCUGCGAAAGAAAAUUAGGGACACGCACAAGGCCACAGAGGAAUGCAUCAAGACCAUCUCAGAACUGGAAGAAUCUCAAAAACUCCUAAGCAGCUCCCUCCAGGAGAAGCAGCAGUCCCUGUCAGAUAUUCAGGGUGACAUAGACGUUCUGGAAGAUGAGAUCAACAAGCUCACAGCUCUGAAACGGCAGAACCUUUUGGAGAUUGUGACCCUGCAGACGCGGGCCAAGUACCUGCAGGCUGUUGUGGACGGGAAGUACGUGUUCCUGUACCGCAACAGCCAGAGCCAGCUGCUGGAGCGCAAGCGUCUGGAUGUCCGGCUGGCCCAGUUAAACGCUGUCCUCUCCCAAGUUCAGGAAGACUACCCCCAGUACCAGGAGGUGCUGAGAAAGAUUCAACAGAAGAUCGUCAGCAAGCUGGAGCACCCACAGCCCUCCUAGACAG